UAAAACAAUAAGAAUACUUUCUACCAAAUGAAAACAUUUAGAAUACCACCCAUCCAAACCCUAAGGAACUUUCUCACAUACUGCGGCCGCGCGCCGUCUCAUCUUUCAGACGCCGCCGGUAAUUCUCGAGGCCCUGCUCUGCGUCGGAAGCCAUUUGCGUCUCUGCCUGAGGAAGGUUAUUCUAUUUCUUUUCACCGUCGCUCUACUCUCUCAACAAUCAGCAUGUCGUCGUCGGAGCCCCAGAACCCACCGCCGGAACAAGGCGAGGAGGAAGACGCCAAGGCUACAAGCAAGAAGGCGGCGAAGAAGGAGGCUGCGAAGCAGGAGAAGCUGCGUCGGAAAGCGGAGGCAGCUGCCUUGGCAAAGGCGGCUUCCUCUCUCGCCGUCGAGGAAGAGGAUCCCCUCGCCGGGAACUACGGCGAUGUACCGCUGAACAAGCAGCAAUCGAGAGAGGAACUCGAUCUCAGUGCGUGGACGAAGGUGAGGGAGCUGAAUGCGGAAUUGAAGGAUAAGGAGAUCCUGAUUAGAGGCCGAGCUCAAACUGUGCGCCCCGUCAGCAAGAACAUGGCGUUCGUUGUGGUUAGAGAGAGUGGGUUUACGGUUCAGUGCGUCGUCACUGUUCAGCCUGAGAUUGUGAGCCGUCAGAUGGUGAAGUUCAUCUCAGGUUUGACUAGUGAGUCAAUCGUUGAAGUUCAGGGGAUCGUCUCAGUGCCCAAUGUUGCUAUCAAGGGAGCUACCCAGCAGGUUGAAGUCCAAGUUAGGAAACUCUAUUGUGUUAACAGGGCCCUGCCAACUCUACCAAUCACUAUUGAGGAUGCUUCUAGAAGUGAGAAGGAGAUUGAAGAAGCUUCUAAGGCUGGGGAACAACUUGUCCGCGUUAAUCAAGACACGCGCCUGAACAAUCGGGUUAUCGAUUUACGCACACCGGCUGGCCAAGGGAUUUUCCAAAUUCAAAGUGAAGUUAGCUAUGUGUUCAGGGAAUUUCUUCAUACAGAGGGAUUUGUAGAGAUCCAUACUCCAAAGCUGAUAGCAGGUAGCAGUGAGGGGGGUGCUGCUGUCUUCAGGCUGGAUUACAAGGGGCAACCUGCCUGCUUAGCACAAUCACCUCAGCUUCACAAACAAAUGGCCAUUGCUGGAGAUUUUGGACGAGUGUUUGAGGUUGGUCCAGUUUUCAGGGCAGAAGACUCGUAUACUCACCGGCACUUGUGUGAGUUUACUGGUCUUGAUGUGGAAAUGGAGAUAAAGAGUCACUAUUCUGAGGUAAUGGAUGUUGUGGACAAGCUAUUUGUCACUAUGUUUGACAGAUUGAAUGAACAGAAGUGCAAGCCGUACCUUGAAGCUGUAGCUAAGCAGCAUCCAUUCGAGCCAUUGAAGUACUUGCGGAAGACAUUGCGCCUAAAAUUUGAAGAAGGCAUUCAGAUGUUGAAACUUGGUUUUCUAUAUAUGUUUUUCUCCAGUAAUUUCGUAUAUGUUAAUACCUUGCAGGAUGCUGGAGAGGUAGUGGACCCCUACGGUGACCUGAAUACAGAAGCAGAAAGAAAGCUGGGCAACCUUGUAUUGAAGAAAUACGGCACUGAGUUCUAUAUUCUCUACCGCUAUCCAUUGGCUGUCAGGCCAUUCUACACAAUGCCAUGCCAUGAUGAUACAAAGUACAGCAAUUCUUUUGAUGUCUUCAUUCGAGGGGAGGAGAUCAUUUCAGGAGCUCAGCGUGUUCAUGUGCCUGAUCUACUGGAAGAACGUGCCAAGGCAUGUGGUAUUGAUGUCAGCACAAUCUCAACUUACAUAGAUGCUUUCAGAUAUGGGAUGCCCCUACAUGGUGGUUUCGGAGUGGGAUUGGAGCGCGUGGUGAUGCUCUUCUGUGGUCUAAAAAAUAUUCGAAUGACAUCGAUGUUCCCUCGUGACCCUCGUAGGAUCGCCCCAUGAUCAUUGCCAGAUUCCAGUUCAAGGCCUCGGUUUCUCGUCUCCUUCACUUUUACUCGAAAUAAUAUCUGGAUGUUUUAGACUGAUAGCAUAAUUUGAAGUUGUUGUUUGCCUCUUUCUAAGACAAGCUAUUGUCCAAGAUUUCAUGUUUGGGCCAACUGAUUACUGCACUUGUCGAGUGGAACUACAACACUUGGGAUUUGCGUAGUUGUUGGUUUGUUUGUUUAGAAAUAUACUCCUUUUGUUGACCGUCGACAGCCCUCCUCCCUCUUUUCUUCUCCUUUCUCCGGUUCCCCUGCUUUUGUUGAUUUCUAUUUUCUAGUGCCCCUGGCUUGGAGCCCACUUUUCUUUGUAGGCUUCGUUACACUUAGAGGUGGAAAAUGGAUCGAUCCAUGGAUUCGUGGAUUGGGUGAGAUCCAAUGGAUUGGUGGAUUCAUGGAUUGGAUCAAGUGGAUUGGUGGAUUAUCUAUG